AUGGCCAUCGGUCACAUCCUCGGCCAUCCCCUGCGCUUCGCCCUCUCGACCCUCAAAAUCACCUGCCUCGCCCACCUCACCCUCACCCACCUCGUCCAGCUAUCCCCCGCCCAGGGCCCCUCCAUGCUUCCCACCUUCUCCGUUGACGGCGACUGGAUCCUCGCCGACAUGACGGCCCGCCACGGCCGCCGCCUCGCCGUCGGCGACCUCGUUCUUUACAAGAUCCCCAUCUUCCCCUCCCACAGCGGCGCAAAGCGCGUCGUCGGCCUGCCCGGCGACUACGUCUCCCUCGGCACCCCCGGGGACAAGGGCGAGGACCGCAUGAUUCAGGUGCCCGAGGGCCAUUGUUGGAUCGUCGGCGACAAUAUUCCAGCCUCGCGAGACUCGAGGCAAUUCGGCCCCUUGCCUUUGGCCCUCAUCCAGGGCAAGAUCGUCGCCAAAGUCCUGCCCUGGAGGGAGCGGCAUUGGAUCAACAACGGGCUGCAGCCAAUGGACGAUGUCCAACCUUGA